UGUAUAGCUAUCGAACAGUCUAUCGAAAUCUCCCCAUCUCCAAAAAAAGAUAUAGUUACCAAUUGUUUUUAUUUUGUUUUUCUACGCUUUUUGUAGUUUAUAAGCCCAUCUAUGAUUAAUUAACACAAUUAGUAGGAAGUACAAAUGUCUUUAUCUGUGGACAACAACAAGGCGGGCCUCAGAAAGAUGGAUAUGAAGCUGGAAAACUAUCCCACCUGCGCCGUGGAGGCACUAACUCGAUUAGAAACCUUGAUUGCCAGCCGAAAUAAGCAGAACAUGGUGAUGCAAAUCAUAUCGGAGUACAUAUUUCUGGAGAGGAGCGCCAAGGAUGGCCCCCUAAAGUCGCAGGCGCUGCCGAUCAGUCAGUUAAACUUGUUUCAGGAGUUUCAGCUGAUCAUUGCGCUGAUUGAGUAUUUCUCGCGGCCCGGCAGGGAUGCCACCCGCAAUGCCAUAUUCCUUUCAUUGUUCGGCAGUCACUUGACCCCCCAACGCUCCAAGCUUCUGUCCCGCCUUAUAAGCACAGCAGUUUCCGGUUCCGUAGCGCCGCUGCUCUCCUCCGCCGGCACCUGGAUGCAGCAGGUGGGCUGCAAAACUCCACUCAGCUUGGAGGUGGCGCAAAAUAUAGUUAGCGACUUUAUAUCAUACACGCGAAAGACGCCCGAGCAACUAAAGCAUUUGCCGAUGGUUGGGUCACACUUUGCGGCCAACUUUAUGGUGGCCGUGGCGGAUCUCUAUCUGAACGAGCAGCGCUCCCAUGUACUGACACCGCCUCCAGAUGCGUUGCUGGACACAAUUACUGAAUGGAUGACGGAGAAUCCCACGUUGUGUCAAGCUUCGCAGCAGCCCUUGAUUCUGCCUGCAGGUGCUAUAGCUAUGCCCUUCGCUACCCCUUUGGCCGGACUUUUACGAUGGGUGGUGCUGGCUCCCUUAGUUUCCAACAGGCCUGCCUACAGCAAUCUGCAUCUAUCUCUCCUGCGAACGCUCCAGCAGCUAGUUAGCAGCGGAGAGACCACUGCUCUGCCCAUCCAGGACCUCAUGCAAAUUGUGCAAUCCCUGCAGAACCAUUGCGCUCGUCUCAGCGAGUCGAAGGCGGACCCGGAUACGGAUGCACCCUAUCAGAAGUGCAUGGAACGUUUUGCCCAAGCCGUACAAAUCGCUUUAAGCUCAAACUGCAUCACCAAUCAGAUACAGUUGCUAUGUGUCCUGGAAUCUUUACCCCCACAUAAACUGAUGAAGAUCGUCAUAGCCGCUCACAAGAAAUAGUAGAAUAUGAAAUUUAAUUAAAAUAUAAAUCAUUUUACAUCGACUUGACAAACAA